UGGAGACUGUCGAAACGGAUGCGUAUCAUCGCCGAGGGAGAGUAAUGGCAUCCGCGGCGAGUGCACGACGUUCUCGCGGUUCGUCUGUUACGUUACGAGCGUGAGGCGCGGAGGUGGUCGGUCACAAUUUUAUCCUCGCUGAUUCAUCGAGAGUCUCGUAUGGCCGGGAACGGCUGUGCCAAAGGAACCAGAAUCGCGGAAUCUCAUAGAACGACAUCAACAAUAGCGAGUUUGCAGGGAAAGCGUGGUGCCUGAACUGGUGGUUGUGUACACGCUUUCAUUGAGUGUUUUCCGCGAGCCAAAAAACUUGAAAACGUCGAUCCAGUUGCCGUGCUUCUUCUAAUUAUCGAUCCUGGCAUAUCGACGAUGAAGUGAGGCCGGAAUCGCCUAUCGAACGCUUUCCUAUCAGCACUCGCGAGGCGAUUAGUAAAUCUCUUCGUUCUGCGUGUCUCAUGGAACAUCGUGACGUGUCCUGUAGUACACCACGAUGUUGUAGCAUCAUCGAUGACACGAUGAAACUUGUCUGACCCUUAUUGUCUACUCAAGCCAGACAAACUGUAAAGUUAUCCGCAUGUACAUCACCUCGUAAUGUCUGCAAAUGUUCAAUUUGCAAAUCCGCCGCCAGCUAUAAGCUUACCCAAUAUGUCAGUACCGCCACCUUCGGCUCCGAACUUAUCGGCGCCACCGCCAAAUUUAACCACUAUAAACACAUCGGGAAGCUAUCAGCACCGGUACACAAAUCACAGAGAGGGAAACCGUGCUUACUACAAACAGUUCAGGCCGUAUCAUCCGCCAAAAGCCCCUGUUGGAGGACAGGACACGCUGCAGGAUGAAUUCGACGGAAAACGCCUGCGGAAGUCUGUCAUGCGAAAGACUGUCGACUACAAUUCUGCCAUCAUCAAGAGCCUGGAAAAUCGGGUGUGGCAACGGGACUACAGAGACCGACGCGCGCUUCAACCAGAUGUAAUAUACUAUCCUGACCUACUCCCCCCGCCAAGUUAUAUUGACAAUCCGAUAAAUGCAGUCACUACGAGGUUCGUGAAGACUGCUACCAAUAAAAUGCGUUGUCCAAUCUUUUGUAUGGCCUGGACACCGGAAGGUAGACGUCUCGUUACUGGCGCCUCGAGCGGAGAGUUCACCUUAUGGAACGGCCUUACUUUCAAUUUCGAAACUAUCCUACAGGCGCAUGACAGCCCGGUAAGGACAAUGGUAUGGUCGCACAACGAGAGUUGGAUGGUAACGGGGGACCACGCGGGCUACGUGAAAUAUUGGCAGAGCAACAUGAACAACGUCAAGAUGUUUCAGGCACACAAAGAAGCGAUUAGAGGACUCAGUUUCAGCCCGACGGAUCACAAAUUGGCGACCUGCAGCGACGACGGGACCGUCAGGAUUUGGGAUUUUCUUCGCUGUCACGAAGAACGCAUUCUCCGAGGUCACGGCGCGGAUGUCAAGUGCGUGCACUGGCAUCCCCAAAAGGGUCUAGUCAUUUCCGGCAGUAAAGACAAUCAGCAGCCGGUUAAGUUGUGGGACCCGAAGACCGGACAGUCCCUAGCCACGUUGCACGCACACAAGUCGACGGUGAUGGACGUCAAGUGGAACGAAAACGGUAACUGGCUGGUGACGGCGUCGAGGGACCACCUCUUGAAACUGUUCGACAUCCGAAACCUGAGUCAGGAAGUGCAGACCUUCCGCGGCCACAAGAAGGAGGCUUCCAGUGUUGCCUGGCAUCCAAGUCACGAGGGCCUUUUCUGCAGCGGCGGUAGCGACGGUGCUAUACUCUUCUGGCAUGUGGGGGCUGACAAAGAGGUAGGCGCGAUCGAGCAGGCGCACGACAGUAUAGUCUGGACACUGGCCUGGCAUCCGCUGGGACAUAUUUUGUGCUCGGGCAGCAACGAUCACACUUCGAAAUUCUGGACGCGCAACAGACCGGGCGACUUGAUGAGGGACAAGUAUAAUCUCAACACGUUGCCGGCGGGCUCGGCCGGCGUCGACGAUCAUGAAAUUGCUGACGAAGCAGCGGUAAUACCCGGCAUGGGACCAGAGGACAGGAUCAACGCCGAUGGCGAGUCCGAGGAUAAGAGCGGCGGUAUUCCAGGAUUGGAUCUGGACCAUGCGGUGGACGAGGGCAAGAAGUUUGCCAACAAGAAAGUUCCGUACAGCAAGCCGAUACCGCGGAACUUCCAAGCUCAGUGGAACGAGAUGGAGGCCGAGGAUAUUGAGCAGGUCGAGGCUCUGAACGCGUUCGUAAAUCAGUUACUCGAGACCACGCCUGGUGCUGUGCCGUUGAACGAAGUUACGCCCGACGCUAUUUUCUUGUAUGGGAAAAUGAUCCCCGUAGAAUCGGGGUCCAAGCUAGCGGAGGCGAUCAGCAAGGGGAACGAGGCUAUAAACAAGCUGGUGUUCUCCGGCGAAAUAGAGGAGCUGCGGGACGUGGUGGGUCCGCCGGACAACGUGGACGACGCCGAGGAAUACCUGCAGGAUGACGGUGAGAUCGACUACUCGAAAGUGCCGGACAUAGAUCUGCCGCCGCCGCUGCCCAGCUCCAAGUUCGCGCAGAACCCGGAACUGCUGAAGACGCUGAAUCGCGGCGGCAAGCGCAAGUUCGACCAGCUGAUAGGCUGGAGCGACGGCGGGGCGAGCGACCGCACGUCCAAGAUUCACCAACCGGUGUUCGGCGGCAUGAUGACGGAGGACUCGCAGUCGAGCGACACCGAUCUCAGGUUCGGGAAGAACGCCCUGUCGAUCGACGGCAACUCCUACCACGGGCCGGACCACGAGGACCAUCACAGAAGAGGGCCUCACGGCGAGCCCGUGAGCAGUCGCGGCGACGAGGACCUGAGGUUCGGCUUGGGGCUCGGCAGGCCCGGCGGCUCGCACAGCGACUACGAUUCGCGCAACAGCUUCGCCGACAAAGACUUCCGUUUUCCCUCGAAGAAGUCGCUGGACAACGACCUGUACGACGAGCGGCACGAGCAGCGCGACGGUAUCGGUCGGUGGGACGACGAAAAGGGCGACGGGCAACGCAAGUCGGCGGACGGCGGCGUGUACGGCGGCAACGGCUUCGACAAGCGCGACAAUCUGGCCGGGGGACCCGGCAUGCACCACAUGGUCGGCAUGCCCCACGGCAUGUCGAAUCACCACAACAUGCAGAACAUCAACCCGAACAUGCCGCCGCCGUUGCCGAGCUUGGUGCCGCACCCCGGGAUGUCGCAGCACCCCGGCAUGCAAGGCAAGCCGCCGCACCCGGGCAUGCCCGGCAUGGCGGACGGGCCGAUGCCACCGCACAUGAUGCCGCACCAUCCCGGCAUGCACCCGGGCUUCGGGCCGAACUUCCGGCCGCCGCCGAACGGGAACUUCGGGCCGAACCACUUCCGGCCGAGCCCGGGCCUGCCGCCGUUCGGCCCGAAUCAGGGCCCGCCGCCGCCGCCGCCGUUCGGCAACGGUUUCCAGGGGCCCCCGAAUUUCCGCGGCCCGAACGGCGGCCCCCUGAACUUCGACCGGCCGGGAUUCGGGCCGAGCUUCCGCGGCCAGAACCCGCCGAGUCAGCUGAACAACUUCAACUCGAGCUACGGCAAGUACGGCGGCAAGAACGGGCCCAGUCGCGGUAUGAGUCGAAGCGGCGGCGGCGGUAGCGGCGGCGGCGACAGGAGCGGCUACAACAAUCGCGGCAGAGGAGGGCGCGAUAACGAUCAGUCGAGAAAUUCGAGGGCCAGGGACAAUUACUGAGAGAGAUCGGCCCGUGGAGAACUGCGAAGCAACAUGUAACAAGCGGGGCACUUGCUUCUCUCUCGGUACCUUCUGAUGUGCACGAUGUUUGCGAACUUGUUAGUAAUGAAGAGCCGCCGGACACUGCGGACAGUGAGGAUCGUCCCACUCGCGCGUUCUGCGCGGUUGGUUGGUCCGUCAGUGCGAGCGUGUAAUAUAUAAUGUGCCGGUUUAUCGGUGUCCUCAAACUCGACGUUUACGGACUCACUUACUACCUGUGUGCGUGUGCGAAAACGCACUAUAUUCUUAGACGGACUCUAUACACAAUAUAUUUUCGUGAUUCGCUCAGCGUGGGAGGG